AUGGCCAAGAAGAAAUCUACCCGUAAAUACAAAGGCCCCAAGCAACAAAACCCAUCUCCAAAAAUUCAAGAACCUGCAAAAGACUCGACCUUUACAGAAUCUUCCAUGGACGACCCUAAUCAGAAGGCUCAGAGUCUUCAGUCUCUUAACUCUUUGCUUGUCAAGCAGGCCUAUGAAAAUAGACGUCAGAUUGAAUACUUGAUUCAAGCCAAUGAAGCCCUUGGCGCUGAGUUGAUUAAACGUAUGAGUUCAGAGUUGCAGAACGGGUUGCUUUGGGUUUAUAUGGAGAGUCAAAUGAAGGAGAUGGGUGGGGCGUUGGAUAGUAGGGUGAAUGAACUAUGUAGCCUUGAAAGUGAGAGAGAAAGGUUGAGUUUGGCUUGUAAAGAAACGGAUUUUGCAAGAAAUGAUUUUGAGUUGCAGCCUAUUGAGGGUAGCUUGAUGAAGGAGAAGAUUUUGGCAAUGGAGGGAAACAAGAGGAAAUUUGGGGAAGAAAUUAGGAAACUGAAAGUGGAAUGUUAUGGGUUUCUUUUGGAGAUUGAGGAAUUGGAGAAGGUGAAGAGUGUGUGUGAUCUGUGGAUAGUUGUCAAUAGGAUGAUUGAGGCAUGUCGGACUCAUAAUAAGAAGAACGAAGAAUUGUUAUCUGAAGUUAGUGAUAUCAGAGUUUCAUUCGACCAAUUGACACAUGAGAAGGAUAAUUGUUUGAAAGUAUUGGAUGAGGAGAAGCAGAAUGGUGUUGGAUUGAAAUUGAAAGUUUCAGAGAUGGAGAAGAUACUUGAAGAAGCUAAAACAGAACUUGCACAUCAGAAGGCUGAAUGGCAUGACCUAAUGAAGGAAAAGAAGGAUAUCGAGAGUCGCUGCGGAUCGAUGGCUGAAGAUAUAGAUAGGUUGCAGAAUGAACUUUUGGAGGCAAAGAGUAUUUUCGGAUUAUAUCAGUUUUCUUUCAGCUUGAUUUCUGUUUGA